AUGACUGAUCUCGACUAUGCCGAUGAUAUCGCCUUACUUGCUUCGAGUCUUGGUGAUCUGCAGUCCAUGGUGUCACGGGUGAACGAGGUCGAAAAAUCGGUCGGUUUAUCCAUAAACGCUGGGAAAAUCAAAGUGUUUUCAAGCCGCACCCCUGACCAGAAGAAGGCACCCCUCGGGAUUGAUGGCUGUCAACUCGAAGAAGAAGACAGUUUUAAAUCCCUCGGGGCGAGGCUGCUGCCUAAUGGACAGAGUAAGGACGACAUUGUCUCCCGAAUCGAUGCUGCCCGCUGGGUUUUUUCAAGCCUUCUGAAAUGCCUGUGGAUUCGACGUGACCUCUCUAUCGCCACAAAGAUUCGCGUGUACCGUGCAUCUGUCCGGUCUGUCCCUCUCUACGGUUGUGAAUGCUGGGCUGUGCACGCGAAGGACGAGCGAAAACCGGAGGCAUUUGACCACCACUGCUUGAGGACCAUCCUUCGAGUGAAGUUCACCGACUUCGACUCAAAUGAGACAGUCCGCGCUCACUGCGACAACAUCGCAAGGAUAACUCAAACCAUCCAAGAAAGACGACUGAGGUGGUUCGGGCAUGUUCUUCGUCGUCAACCUCAGGAGCUCGAUCCGGCACCGCUAGCCCUUGGGAGGCGUCAAAAAGGGGGUCAGUUCAAAACAUUUCGUCAAGAUAUGGAGGUGGUUCUUGGACCUUCGGUAUUUGGUCUACGUCGUUGGCGUAGUGGCGUGGGAACGAUGAGUGUUUAUAGCCCCUGAAUCACUUAUAAGCCCUGUAACUUCGCAUAACUUCAACUUCUAUGUGACUGUUUUGGCCUGAUGACGAGUUACCGAAAACACGUGUCUGCCAAAUCAACUUUUCAUUUGUAAUUAACAUAGAUAUUGUAUGUGCUCUUUUAAAUUGGUCAUCAAGGGUAUUGCUUUUUUACCUUAAAUAUACUAUACAUGAAAGGGAGUCACUAGGAGUGAGUGUUUUCUGCGCCAUCUCAAAAAAACUGUGUGUACGGUCAACUUGUUUGUUCGAGAAAGACGCGACAGACGACAACUAUAUCUGCGGAUGCUCCAGAACUGGCUAUUGACGAAACUGGGGCAAAUGAACAUGUCCAGUUUGUUUUUCAACAGGAAGGGACUCCUCUACACUGGAGCCUUGCAGUGUAAACUCAACGAGAAAUCGCCAGGAAGAUGGAUCGGACAUGUCUUUGAUGAAGUCAUGAAUAUGCUCGUGCUGUCCUGAUGAAUGAUGAAAUUUGCACCGUACAAAAAGUUUUCCGACUGGACAAAGAAAAGUCAGGCCGUGACCUGAAAACAUCUCAAAGGCCUCUGAAAAUUAUCUUAUAAAACGAAGCCUAGGCAGCUCUCAUGUUAGAUAGAAGAAUAGCCUUGCGGAGAUCGCACAAAGAGGGAGUGAUGGAAGCUGUGGAAGUGUUUCUGUCUCACGUAGCAGAGGCAUACUCAGUGUAGAGGAAGUCAAGCGUAAUUUGUAUCAUAUAAAGUCCUUCCAAGUGGUCUGCCUUCUGUUACCUAAGACUUGGGGACCGCAGCAUAAGGAUACUUCCGUUGCGUAGCUGCAUUGGCAGAACUAUGCAAUAUGAAUGCAUCGCAAACAUGCGUGACCGCCUCCGUAGCUCAGUGGUUAGAGCACUGGUCUAGUAAACCAGGGGUCGAGAGUUCAAUUCUCUCCGGAGGCAGAAUUUUGGUAUUGACGAAAUAAGACCAACCAGUCUUAUUUGCUGCAAAAUUAUGGGGAAAAAAAUAAUCAAGCGAGAAAUUAUGUACUUCCUUGAGCGGCAUUAUUUGUCAUGCGAUGCCCGGCACGGAUUUCGAAGGGACAGAUCAUGCGUGACAAGCCUAAUAUAUUGCUUAAAAGGCUGGACCCGGGCAGUCGAUGGCGGGAAUGCAGUGCACGCAGUCUACGUCGACUUUAAGAAAGCAUGCGAUAGUGUACCAUUAAGCCGAACAGGCAUUAGAGCUAAUCUCGUGAGGUAGAUCUAAAGCUACUUUAUCGGCCGAUCUCAAAAUAUCUACUUCGGUGACAGGCAUUCGGUCGAAGUGAUCACGCAGUACUUUUACGGGACUACGAGCUGUAUUCCGAACCGCAUACAAAAUACAAUACGAGGCCAAAUAUAUGGAAAGGGGACUUUCGCCAAAUGAGAGCCGAGGCAUCACAAAUAGACUGGGAAGUUCUCUUCUCCGGAAACGUUAACGAGGAUUGGAAUUCAUUCAAGGAUCGGUUGCUGCAUCUAAUGAGGAGCCACUGUCCCUUAUUAAAGCCUAGGACAUCCAACCGCCCCCAGUGGCUAACAAGAGAACUCAAAAAGGAGAUCAACAAGAAAGGAAGGCUGUGGAAGAAAUUUCACGAAAACAACAACAUAGCAGCGUUUACAGAAUAAAGUUCAAAGAAAUAAAUUGAAAAGACUGAUUUUCAGGAGGCGACGGAAUUUCGAGAGUAAUUUGCUUCACCGAGCCGUUAAAAAUCCGAAAUUGCCCUACAGCUAGUUGCGGAAGAGCACACGUAACAGGAAUCCCAUUCCUAUCAUGAGGAAUGCUGACGGUUUGGAGAUAUCGGACAGUACAAAUAAAACUGAGCAUUUUUCUCAGUUUUUCCUAUUCGUUUUCACAAGAGAAGCAGACUUUAUUCCAUCUAGCUCUGAGAACAUGGAAGAUCCGGCAAAUGACAAUAUUGUGUUUCGAGAAGAAGCGAUUUUGAAGAACUAAAAAGCCUGAAGGGAUGUAAAUCUCCCCGUCAGGACGACAUCCCAACAAAGCUGCUCUUUCAGCUUGCCCGAGAGUUGGCCAGACCACUAUCCUUUCUGCGCCAGAAGUCGUUUGAUGCUGAAAUCCUCCCCACAGACUGGAAGACAGCCCACAUUACACCCCCUUACAAAGGCGGUAGUCGUGCUCUUGCAAAAAACUACAGACCCAUCAGUCUGACAUCAACCUGCUGCAAAGUGAUGGGAAAAACCAUCAAAAGGGAGUUGGUGGCUUACUUGGAAACCCACAACCUCUUGCUCAAUGCCCAAUACGGUUUUCGCAGGGAAAGAUUGUAUGCAACGAACUUGCUAUACACAAUGCAAAGCUGGACAAAAGCACUCGAUGCAAAACACACUGUGCAUGUAGCCUAUAUCGGUCUCCAGAAGGCGUUCGACAGUGUUCUGCACCAGCGUCUCCUGUACAAGUUGAGUGUCAUGGGCAUCGGCGGCAAACGUCUUAAAUGGAUCGAGAAUUUCCUUGUCGGGCCGUUCCCAAAUUGUCUGCGUGGAGCAACAGCAAUCAAGGUGAGCAGUCAUAGAGAAUGGAGUCCCAAAAGGCUAAGUGCUCGGACCGACCCUCCUUCUAUUGCUAAUUAGUGAUUGUGUACAGGAAUUGGAUUGUGAUUGUGAGAUGUUUGCAGAUGAUAUGAAAAUCUGGAAAGUCAUCCAGAAUGUCGCCGACGGCAGCAACUUCCAAGAAGAGUCUUUUGAGUUAAAGGCAGUUGCGCCGAAACUUAAUACAAGUUUUCCGUAUCAUGCGUGCUUUUGACUGCAACCCGCCGUGUGAUGACUUUUUCCAAGUCGGCACUACAACUAGCCCGCGAGGACCUCGCUUCAAGCUACGUUUGGUCCAAGGAAGAUAGGAAAAUCUGGCAGCGGACGGUGCGAUAACUUCCUUUAACCGUAAGCUAAUGGAUGUCACAUUCGAACUCCCUCUGGCACAGAGACCACAGAACCAAUGGCUCGGACCUAAUUCUUAUGAAAGACUUCUCUAAUAGUGACGAAGUGUAUUCAAGUGCACCUCUACUGUGGGAUUACUCGCCAGAAGAGAAAGGAUGGCCAACGAAGCUGAGGAAUGGCCCUCAUUAUUUAUCCAAAGAGAAUGAAAGUGAGCAAACAUACGCAAACACGGCUUCCUCUGCUGCGUCGACAGAAGCAAAGGUAAACAGUAGGCGUCUAGAAUUCGAUAACAAUGACAAUCAGUGUCUUGUGCGAGAAAAGGGUGGUCAGACGCGAUCUCAGCGAACAAAAAGAUGUCUCAGAGCACCCCGAAAAGGCACAGAGAGUCAGAUAAGGGAGCAGGAGUUGGCUACACCGCAAACAAAAGUCGUGCCGCUGAAAAUGACAAAUGACCAAAAGAUCGUAGUAAAUAGUCAGGGCGUGAGUCCUACCGAAUCAAACCUUCCUAAAUCGGUGAAUGCCGGUAGUCGGCAUAUCCGUGAUGAAGUCUCUGCAGGUAUGAUUAAACCACAAGGCCCUCUAGUUGAUCGAAGUGGAUGCACUGUCAUAAAUGGCAUGCCUGAGUCUGUUUCCGACACUCCAAAAGACAGAAUACAGCAUGACAUAGAAAUAUUCCAGGAAUAUCUUAAAUCACGCUUAGCUGCAGUCCUUUGUGAUGCUCCAGCUAGGGCCUUCAUUAAGUAAAUUAGGAAUGCCAAUGCCUACCACGGCUGCGAGAGAUGCUACAUUAAAGGUGACUAUAAAGACAAGGCAUGAGGGAGACACAAGCCACGCCAGUCCGCCAAUGGCUGGGAUCAGAGAGGCCACAAUCGGCCAACGGAAAACAGGCUAACCAACGUGCGUGCGCUGGACACGGUUAUAAUACGAGGCAGGCGGCAAGGCUGAACAAAUCAAGGCCAGCAGGAAACGCCAGCGACCGACUCUGAUGAUGGAAACGAGAGUGUUUCCGAAACGUCAGCUUGAAUACACUCUGGUCCAUGAAAUCGCCUUCUCUUCUUCAUCUUCCUCGGGGGAUGACAAACACGACAAUAUAUCUGGACCUCGAAUCUUCACGCAUAUUGCUUUAUGCUAUGGGCGCACAUGCCUCCACUCAGCACGCAGAUGGGUGUCACAAAACCAAGAGGUACUGAUAACCGGAGACUUCAACGCACCCAUGGUCGACUGGAACAAUUUAUUAGUAAACGGUUCGCGAAAUUCGUUUGAUUCUAGGCUCUUGAAACUAACGGCUAAUCUCUUUCUGGUACAAAACGUCACGUUCCCAACCAGGAUCAGAGCGGACCAAAGAGCAAAUUGUCUGGACCUCGUCCUUACAAAAGACCAAAUUAGCCCUGGCGAACUUAGGUUCAUAACACCGCUGGGUAAGAGUGACCAUGUCAUGCUGUUUUGGGAAUACCGCCUAUGCAGCCAGCAAGUGAAUAUGACUGAGCCUCGGCUGAAUUUCUGGCGAGGCGAUUUUGCCGCCAUGAGAAGGGAAUUAUCGGCAGUGGACUGGAAUGAUGUUUUUUCCGGACAUCCGGACGUUGAUUGGAACACUCUCAAAGGAGUUUUAACAGACAUCAUGCAUCGGAACUGUCCGACAAAGAGAGUCAAAAAGAAUAUCCGUCCUGCCUGGAUAACGCGGGAUAUAAAGAAAGAAGUAAACUGGAAGGACAAACUAUGGAGAAGGUAUGCAACAACAAAACAACCAUCUCAUUACGAGCAGUUUCGGCGAAAGCGAAACGAGGUAAGAUCGGCUAUCCGCAGGUCGCGGAAGGAGUAUGAAACGCGAGUUAUGGAACGGGCCGUCGAUAAGCCAAAAGUGCUCUUCAGUUACAUCAAUAGUAGGUUAAAGAACGAGGAGACGAUCUUAGUGUUAAAAGGAGAAAACAAUGAGGAUAUAAUCGAAAAUGACGCCAAGGCAGAAAAUCUAAGCCGGUUUUUCGCAUCUGUUUUCACUGAUGAAACGGACUUUGUCGAGGCUAGAUUGCCUGCUGGGACAACCAACGAAAUAAUAGAAAACAUCGACUUCAUAGAAGAAAAUGUCAGGAAGGAACUUCUAGCGCUUAAGGAGGGUAAGUCUCCGGGUCCCGACCAAACUCCGGCAAAAGUUCUGAAGGAGUUGGCUUGCGAACUCGCCAGACCGCUUUUGCACAUCUUCAGGUCGUCCUUUGACCGAGGCAUUCUCCCCUCUGAUUGGAAAAUGGCGAACAUAUACCCCAUUCACAAGGGUGGAUCCAGAACAAGUACAAACAACUAUCGGCCGGUGAGCCUAACGUGCAUUUGUUGCAAAGUCAUGGAGAGAAUAGUCAGAAAUCCAUAAUGAAGUUCCUUGAAGAAAAUAAUUUCAUUGCUAGUUCUCAACAUGGCUUUCGACGAAAUCACUCCUGCGUAACUAAUAUGCUUUAUUCAACGGAAGAGUGGUCUCGCUCGUUAGACGCAGGAACAAAGGUCGAUAUCGUUUACAUUGAUUUCAAGAAAGCCUUUGAUAGUGUUCCACACCACCGGUUACUUUACAAGGUCCGAGAGUCAGGGAUAAGGGGAAACCUACUAAACUGGGUAAAGGACUUUCUGACUGGUCGAUCACAAUCUGUGUAUUGGUAGUGCGAAGUCAUCGUCAGUGCCAGUCGUACGCGGAGUUCCCCAGGGCUCUGUACUCGGACCGGUACUAUUUUUAAUUUAUGUCAACGACAGUAUGAAUGGACUGGACUGCAACGGAGUCAUGUUUGCCAGUGACAUCAAGCUAUGGCGAGCGAUCAACGGGGAAAAUGAUGAACGGGCCCUGCAAGAAGGACUGAACCGCCUAUGCGAAUGGUCUGAGAAAUGGCAGUUGAAGUUUAACCUUGAAAAAUGCGCCACGCUGCGACUCAAAACAGCUGGAAGAGCCGACGGAGAGGAUCACCAUUACCUGCUUGGUGGAAGGUGCCUUUCAAAUGCGACACAACAAAAAGAUCUUGGGAUCAACAUUUUGUCGACUAUUAAGCCUUCAUCUCAGUGCGUUAGGGCGGCCAAAACGGCGACUAGUGUUCGCUUUGCCAUUAAACGAACUUUCAUAGACAUAGAUAAAGAGUUAUUUGGAAAAGCAUAUGGAGCAUUCAUUCGUUCGCACCUGGAAUAUGGAAUCCAAGCGUGGCGCCCGUGGCUAAAAAAGACCAUAAGUUGCUAGAAAGAGUUCAGAGGAGAGCGACAAAAGUUGUGAAAGGCCUCAGGACUUUACAUUACAACUGCCGACUUAGUGAACUUAAGCUCUUUUCUCUUGAGUACAGGCAGGUUCGAGGUGAUCUCAUACAGACCUAUCGGAUAUUGAGGAACCGGGACUGUGCCUUACACCUGGACGAUUUCUUCACCCUGGCCACAACAACAAACCUGCGUGGGAACUCCCUAAAACUUAGAGGAUCCCGAUGCCGCCCAAACGUUCGAAGAUUCUGUUUUUCACAGCGAGUCAUCGGUGCCUGGAACGGGCUUCCCGAGGACAUAAUAAUGGCGGAUACCACGAAGACGUUCAAGCAAAGACUAGAUGUAUAUUUGCUUGGACAAUACCGCUUGUCUGGACAGAACAGCUCUGUGGUGCCAAACCAACGCCUUGCAUACACCUACCGCUAAUGAGGAUGUCUGUCAUUGCAUUUUACCGAUAUCAUCUACAACUGAAUGUGUCUGAGUUUCGGUUGUCCAUUUUCAAUAAAAAAUAUUAUGUUAAGUGUAGAUAGUACUGACAACAUUUUAGUACUGUGUUUAUUCAAAGUUACAUAUUGCAUGUACCGUUUACAAUAGGGUUUUCAAAGGCAUUGCCUAUUACCCUAAAAAUAUACUGACCUAUAUACUGACAUUUGCGAAGCGAGAGUUAUCCACCUACGCUCAGCUGAAGUUCCUGCACCGGUGCCUUAAACAGAACGUCUUACCUAAAUGCCUCAGAUACAGACUGCCUGUGAACACUGAUCUAUGCCAGCGGACGAUGGGACACAUCAAAAAGACGAUGAUCAGAGUACUGAUACAAGACUGCCACUUUCGUAUUCGCAAAUACCGCCAAGUGAUAGAACAACAUUUGUCAACUUGCCAGUCGAUUCUGACCGCGCCCGAGCUGGAAGCCUUGAGGGCGGCAAUCCUCAGUGGGGCACAGCGUCACCCAAAGCUACGCGAUGGUCAACUGUCAGAGAAAUUCAGUAAAUUAUGUCCGCCGAGACAGCCCUCAUCUGAAGGGAUCCUGGUUUACAACCUAUCCUCUCAUCGUCUCACGCAAUAACAGCUAGCGGUUUUGUCCUAUGACACUAAGUUCAGCACGAGAGAUGCUCGACCAGAAGACUUCAUUGCAUCCUUCGAAUCAGCGCUCCAGAAGUGCGAGGCAGAUGAAGAACGCAAACACGCCAUGCGGCAACAGGUUUCGUCCUUGCUUCUCCAGCACAAACCCCAAAUGACGAUUUCCGAAGCUGAAGAACGAAAACUUUUCAAUUUACGAAAAAUUAAGAAUAUCGUCACCCUGCCUGCUGACAAGGGGCGCUCGACGGUCGUCAUGGAUAAGACCGAAUACUGGACUAAACUGGAGAACUUGCUGAUGAACACGGAGUCUUAUGCGCUUUCGGAUGCCAUCGAGUUCAAAAAGCUUGUAAACAACAUAAACAAGACGGUAAGGAGGUUAAAGAAAGCAAAUGCCCUCACGAGAAGAGAGGCCCUGUCUGCGAAAGCCACUGACACGUCGAUGGUACGCUUCUACGGCCUGCCCAAGGUACACAAACCAGGAGUGCCCCUCCGCCCAAUCGUCUCUCUACAUGGCACCCCAACAUUUGGACUAUCAAAGUGGCUGUACCAGCGACUGUGUUUCCUCAUCAAGGACUCAGAGUGGACGGUGAAGUCAGCUGGAGGGUUUUUGACUCGCAUCCGACAUUGUAGAGUGGAGGCAGACGAGGUGAUGGUGUCCUUUGACGUGGUCUCAGUGUUCACGCCUAUCCCACCUCACCUGGCCAUCGAUACUCUCGACGGACUUCUCCGAGAAAAUACGACGAGACCGACCAACAGCUUAAACGAGUGCACAUCAUCGAGCUCCUAG